GUGGGCGGGUGAGUAGAUUGUAAAGGAGCUGCGGCGGCGGUAUUUCACACAGUGCCGAGCAGAACUCAGACAGGACAAAGCUUACAAAGCCCGACUAAAAGCGGAGUUUCAGCACCGGCGCGAGCGGACAGCGACACGUAGCAGCACUACAAAAACUUUCCAUCAUGGUUCUCAUCUGGACCCAGUUCGGUGUUAAGCACAAAAACGGCAAUGUCAAGUGCAAAGUGCGAGUAAUGCACAGGGGUGACAGCUCGGGAUCAUCUUCAUCAGCGGAAAGCAUCAAGUCUGAGCAGGACACACCCUGCCUGUCCAUCAAACCUGCAGGCAAGGAUUUCUACAAAGUCCUGGGUGUUUCCCCUGAGUCCAAUGAAGAUGAGAUUAAAAAGGCUUACAGGAAGAUGGCUCUUAAGUUCCAUCCAGACAAGAACAGUGAUGCUGAUGCAGAGGAAAAGUUCAAAGAGAUUGCAGAGGCAUAUGAGGUCCUGAAUGACCCCAAAAAGAGAAGCAUAUAUGACCAGUUCGGAGAGGAAGGCCUUAAAAAUGGAAUCUCAGCAGGCCAAGGCAACAUUUUCCGCAAUAAUUUCCCCAACGACCCCCAUGCCACCUUCUCCUCCUUCUUUCACGGCUCCGACCACUUUGACAUCUUCUUUGGCAGCGACUUCGACAGCGAAGAUGACCUCUUCAACCCCUUCAGGCAGUUCCCCUUCAGUCACGUGGGUGGCUUUGCUGGACACGAGGCCGGCCCGCAAAAGGGCCAGCGGCUACAGGGCCAGGUGGUGAUGCACGACCUUCUGGUUACCCUGGAAGAGGUGAUGCACGGCUGCACGAAACAUGUGAAGAUUACUCGCAGUCGCCUUAACGCUGAUGGCCACAGCCUGCGAAGUGAAGACAAGGUGCUCAAUGUGGUGGUGAAGAAAGGCUGGAAAGCAGGAACAAGGAUCACCUUCCCCAAGGAGGGAGAUGAGACACCCAACAACAUCCCUGCAGACAUCACCUUCAUUCUCAGGGAUAAGGAGCAUUCAACAUACAAGAGAGAUGGCUCCAACAUUGUCUACACUGCCCAGAUCACCCUUAAAGAGGCUCUCUGUGGCUGCACAGUCAACGUCCCAACACUUGACAACCGAAUGAUGCCUCUACCAUGCAGCGAUGUCAUCAAGCCCGGUGCCGUCCGACGGCUGAGGGGUGAAGGUCUGCCGUUGCCUAAGAGCCCAUCCCAGCGAGGUGACUUGUUGGUGGAGUUCCAGGUGCUCUUCCCUGACAGGAUCCCACCACAGUCCCGCGAGAUCAUCAAGCACAGCCUGGGCCAGUGCUAGCCUGCUUCUUCUUUAGUCAACAAGGCCUCACCAAGUGUCUUUGCUGUUUUCAAUUCACAAACACAGCCUUGCCUGAGGUGCUAAUUUCACAACCAAUCACAACCUCUUAUUGUGCUUGGAAAUGGCAAGAGGUGCUGAGUUGUAGAUCAGACAGAACAUUGUGAGGAGAUGACUUUCUGCAGGUGUGUGGCAUGAUGCACAACAGCUGUGAUGCCGCAUGAGCAGUGAGUGUACAUGAAUGAAAUCUUUGGUAUCUGAGGGCAAACAUUAAUUCAACAGCCUUCUCUUGAAUGAAAAGGUUGUCUGUACUGUUAUACUUGCAAACCUAUGGCAGGAUAUCAGUGUGCUAUUCAAGUCUGUAUAGACUUCUAUAAACCUGAAAUGUAGAGUUAUAUGAAGAAAAAACAUUUUUCUUCAAAUUCUUCUUCUUAUUAUUAUUAUUACUGUUAUUAUUAUCAUCACUAAAGUUAUAUGGUGCUCAUAUGACUGAUCUUUUGCAUUGAUUUAUUACAAUAGCAAAUUGUUCUUGUGUACAAAGAUCUACUUUGUGUACAAAUUAGAAAAAACUUUGUCUCUAAAAGAGAUUCACCUGUCAAAUGUUCUAUUGAAUUGUUAGAAAUGUUUGUAUUUAUUCUGCAAUGAGACAGCUGCUGAUGUAUUAUUACCUGAUUUUAAAGCAUGAAAAAUAAAAAAGUAGAUAAAA